AUGGGAGACAGCGACAUCAUACCGGUUGAAGAAUCGGGUGAAAUUAGCGUCGAAAAAGUCACUAAGGAUGAAUUCGAGGUUUUUCAAAGGGGCGAAGGACAUGUUGACUUUCGUACCGUUGGAUGGCUAAAGGCUGCUAUCAUCUUCACUAAAAUUCUCUUUGCAACCGGUGUGCUGGCCAUCCCAUCCACAAUGUAUGUUGUCGGAGCCGUGCCUGGUGCAAUCCUUGUGGUAUUGUUCUGCGUUCUGAACACCUAUGCUGGAUAUAUUCUUGGGAACUUCAGAAAUGCCCAUGGCGGCUGUCAUUCCGUGGCUGACAUGGCAGGAAUUGUUGGCGGGCCUAUCUUGAAAGAACUGUGUGGUGGGCUUUUUGUAUUGACCUGGGUUAUUUGCUCUGCUUCUGGCAUCGUCGGUGCAUCAACAGGACUAAAUGCGCUUUCCAAUCAUUCACUCUGCACCAACUGGUUCUCUUUUAUUGUCAUGCUUAUUGUGGCUAUCUUUGCCAGCGCUCGAAAAUUUGAGACCAUUGGCUGGCUGACUUGGGCUGGGUUCUUAAGCAUUUUUGUCGCUAUUUUCAUUGUUGUCGUAAGUGUUGGUGUCAUUUCUAGGCCAGCCGCCGCUCCUCAAUCAGGGCCGUUUGAUCUCGGGUUUCAUGUCGUUGCCAGCCCAGCCUUUGCACCUGCAAUCACUGCAGUGCAAACGAUGUUCACCUCCAGUGCAGGAACAUCCGCUUUUCUGCCAGUCAUAUCAGAAAUGCGUCGCCCAAAAGACUACAACAAGGCACUCUAUCUAUCUAUGGGCAUCGUCGUGGUAACGUACUUGACCUUCAGCAUUAUUAUCUAUUACUACUGUGGGAAAUGGGUUGCAUCCCCGUCGCUCGGUAGCGCCGGUCCACUUAUCAAGAAAGUUGCGUACGGGGUUGGGUUCAUAGGACUGAUUGUCACAGCUUGCCUGUGGAUUCAUGUUUCAGCAAAAUACGUCUUCGUUCGGGUUCUCCGGAACAGUCCUCACCUUCAAAGCAACACCUUUGUACAUUUCGGUACCUGGCUUUCCUGCACAUUUGGACUCAGCAUAGUGAGUUUCGUCAUUGCGGCGGGCGUCCCAAUCUUCAACUACAUCCUCAGUCUGGCUGGUAGCAUCGGGUUUGCACCACUCGCGCUCAUACUGCCAGCUUACCUAUGGAUGUACGAUCAUAAAGACUAUCGGUCUGGAACGCUUUUUAAGCAAACAGUAUACUGGCUACAUUGCCUUAUGCUAUUUGCUGGUGGUUUUAUGACUGUCGGAGGAUUUUAUGGGGUAAUUCAAUCCAUCUUGGACGCCUACAAGAAUGGUGAAAUUGGCUCGGCUUUCUCGUGCGAGGACAACAGUACGAUUAAAUAG